AUUGCAAGGCACACAGGUUUACAAGGCAGGAAAGGGUGGGGUUGAAGAAUGGUGGGGUGAGGUGAGGUGAGCGCGAGCUCGAGUGCCCGUUAGGGCCUAGCGUGGCUGCCCUUUGGCCAUGCAGUGGCUCAUCUCCACAUUCUCCACGGUUGUUUGCAAGGCAAACCCGCUUCUUCUCGUGGGAGCAGUUGAAGCGAGCAUCCGACCACCAUCACCGCUUGUCGCCCGUAGCACGGGCAGUUGCUGUGGUAGAAGCCGCGCCUGAGCGGGUCCAUCUUUCGACUACCAUCAUUGCCGAAACUGAGACGUUGGUUUGACGCCAUAAACAGUCACGGUUUCCCUCCAGGCUCCAGCUACGUUGAUAAAUUCGCAUAUAUUCCAAUCAGGUUGCAUCGCCGUUUCAGUUGUCGCGAUUUCCGUUGACAUCAUCUGGAACAGGAAUGGAUGCGGUUUAUGAGCCGUUGCCCCUGGAGGGAAAUCACAUCCGCCUUUUGGAAGUCAAAGUCCGUCGCAGCUUCUUGGGCCUCGUUCGGGAGCUUGUCUGCAACUUCAGAGUCGUCUCCCUCGACGAUAAUGACAACACGCUGAAGUACACAGCUCUCUCCUAUGCGUGGGACGACCCAACGCCUGUACGCAAGAUCCAACUUGCUAAUGGCCGGUCCCUGCCGCUGAGCCGGACGCUCUCAAACUUGAUCGAUUCGCUGCAACGCCAAGGCGAGGACUCCUUCACCAUUUGGGUCGACGCGCUAUGUAUCAACCAGAACGACCUGAUCGAGAAAGCAUCCCAAGUUCGCAUGAUGGGUGACGUCUACUCGAAGGCGAAACAAGUCCUAGUCUGGCUUGGGGCAAGCACGCCGCAAUCCAAGCGCGCAUUUCGUUUUAUGUCAUCUAAGCAAGGCGCGUCUUACCCUGACGACUGGGGCAAUGAAUCAGACCGCGCUGGGCUCAAGGAGGUCUUUUUAUUCUUGGAUCGUCCUUGGUUUCGGCGUGUUUGGGUAAUUCAGGAGGUCAUUCUCGGCAGUAACGUCCUGAUGGCAUGCGGCGACGACCGUAUAGACUUCGACAUCUUCCGAAACUGCACUUUUGGAAUAUGGUUGUUCCUCGAUACGUUGAACCAUUACGGCGCAGAUAACCCUUCCGUCCGGGGACUAUGGUGUUUCAACAGAAUGAUUCACAUACGAGAAACCUUCCAGGCAGAUGGUGCUGUCGGUUACGAAACUUGUCUCGAGGCGGCGUUUCACGUUGAAGCAACGGAUCCUCGCGACAAGGUGUACGCUUUUCGGGGAAUUGCGCACAAGGACAGCAGCCUCCUGCCCGAGCCGGACUACGCAGUCCCGGUUGAACAGGUAUAUCGAGAGACAGCAGAAGCAUUGCUAUGCCACGGCCAAUCUCUUGAUCUUCUGGCCCUCUGCGGUAUCGCUUUUCGGGAGCAUCCGUCGAUUUUGCCGACGUGGGCCCCAGAUCCCGGGCAUCCAUCCUUCACCGAGCCCUUCGCUAUGUGUGACCGAGGGAAUUGGAAUGUGGGCGGCACCCUCAUGAGACGGCCGAGCAUUGUGCCUCCGAAUCAACUUCGGCUGCAGGUCAACUUCUUCGGCACAGUGGUUGAAACUUGUCCGACAUUUGACGCCUACCUUGUCGGCCAUCAACAGGUAGCAGUCCGGGCGGCUUUGGCCAUGAGGCAGCGAGCGCCAGGGAAUAUUUCAGAAGCAGCUUGGAAAGAUGCAAUCGCUGUAAGCAUGACUUUCGGUCUAGAUGUCGACGACGAGCCGGCAGGGCCAGAGUAUCGCACCUUCUUUGAGGAAUGGCUGCAGUGGCUUCAGUCGAGUACCUCCCAAGACGACCUAGACAAAAUCAGCGGAAACAAAUUCCAGCAGACCAUCGGGCCGCGAGUAGACGGGUGGAGGGCUUUUAUGACGCAGCAAGGACCCUUUGGCAUUGGCCCUGCGGAAACUCGAGUCGGCGACGCCAUCUAUCUGGUACCCGGCUGCCGACUCCCUCUCGUUCUAAGGCAUGAUCCUGACGCUUCGGACACUGUACCACUCCCAGAGAAGAUUCUUGUGGGUUGGUGUUACGUCUACGGCUUAAUGCACGGCCGAGACAUUUCACCGGGCGAACCAAAUACUGACAUCCUGUUACGUUGAGUGCUACACAAACCUGUGAGAAUCGGUCCCACACCUCUAGUCUAACAUUCAUACCGUAGCAUAGACUGGAGGACCAUUUGUAGUAUUCAGAAUUAAGUUCAUUCCUUCC